AUGGAUUGGGUAACCCUUUUGGUCAGAAAACGAUUGCACGGAAUUGACAUAAUGACACAUCGCCAUGUGCUUCUGUUGUCCUCCCACAUGCAACAGUACGCAUUUUCUCUGCACCAGCAAAAGAUAAUACACACAUCUUUGGUCCCACGAGUUAAUGAUCCCUUGAACAUGUUCUGCACUCAAAGGUACGUAACAUCUGUAGCCCAUCCUGUGUCCAAAC